AUGAUUAACAAGCCGAACCAGCAACAUUAUUAUUCAAAAAAAGAUAAUUCGCAUCAUUUAUCACAACAGAGCUCCGUCCUUCAACGGAACUCGAUUCCUCAACCUUAUAUUCAAUCAAAAAUUAUAUCUAAUAGAGAAACUCGAAAUAAUUUAAAACAAGUUACAUUUAAAAAUAACCAAAUUAAUAACCAAUCACCAUUACAAAAUAUAUUUAAUAAUUGCAAAAUUUGUGCAAAUUCAACACCUCUUAAUAUUAUUGGUCAAAUUAAAUUAGAAAUAAAAAUUAAAUUCAUAACAACUUAUGUUACUGCUUAUGUCGCAACAAAUUUAAUUACAUCAAUUCUUUUAGGCAAUGACUGGAUUAAUUCAAAUCAUGUUCACCUUUUUGGUGACCAGAAACAAUUAACUAUUCCUGAUCAACAUGAUCAAUUGAUUUCAAUUCCAUAUGUGGAACCAACAUGCAUUAAUUACCCAGCAUUUUUAGUUCAACAAAUUACUCUUCCACCAUAUUCACAAAAAUUCGUUGAUAUUACAUGUCAAGUUACUAAUGCUAAUAAUCUUAUAUUUGUACCAUAUGAACGUUAUACAUUAAAAUUUAUUUUCAUUCCACAUACAUUAUUAAAUAUUAAUAAAAAUCAAGCCAAAGUGUUAUUAAUUAAUGCACAAAAUCAACCACAAACGUUACCGAAAAAUACACGAAUUGGAUCUCUUUCUAGUCAUUCAACUUCUACAAUAUAUGCUACAACACAAACUCCAACAGAACGUAAUUCUUUUUUAAAUGAAAAUCAGCAACUUUUACGUCACCAUCCUAAACAAUUAAAACGCAGAGCUGUCUCAGGUGGUAACGGCAACUCGAAUCAAAUAAAAUUAGAUACACAUUGCCAUCGUUGUCAUGAAUAUUUCUUAUCUGGAAAUGAUUUACAAAAACAUUUACGAGCCGAAUGUUAUUCUGAACAGAUUCGAAAACAAAUACUCGAAUCGACUAAACAUAUCGAAAAUCGAAAACAUCAAUUAGCUAUUCAAGAUAUAUUAUGGCGAAAUAAAAUAUUAUUUGAUCCGCCACCAUCAAUUAUUAAUAUCCCUUCACAAUCUGCAAUCAAAACUAGUGAUCAUCCACCUAUUUAUUCGAAACAAUAUUCCGCUUCAAAUAAAGAUCAAGAUAUUAAAUUUCAAGAAACACAAAAACUAUUAGAGCGUGGUCAAAUUGAGGAAUCGACAUCUCCAUGGUCAUCACCUAUUGUUCUUGUGAAGAAGAAAGACAAAACAAUGCGAUUUUGUAUUGAUUAUCGAAGAUUAAACUAUAUUACAAUCAAAGAUGCAUUUCCACUACCUCGAAUCGAUGAAAUUUUUGAUCAAUUAUCUGAUGCUACAUAA